AUGAUGUCAACACUCCUGACAGCACCCAGGACCAGUGCUUUAUCUGAAAAGCACUGGGUGAUCUUAAUGACUACUGCACAGGACUCCCCGUCAUCCUGCCCAGGCGGCUACAGUGUCAGAGUCAGGCCUCCUGGCAGGGAACAGAGCUGUAAUAUCAGGAUAUGGGCCCGUCCUGUGAGGCAGAAGCGAAGGCAUUUCGGCCCUGAACGCAGCAAGGCCAUCUCCGAUGAGGUUGACAAACUCUUGCCCGCCAAGAUGAUUCAUGAGGUCCAAUACCCCACCUGGGUGUCCAACCCGGUUAUGGUAAAAAAGGACGCCGGUGGAUGGAGAAUGUGUGUGGACUUCACCGAUCUCAACAAGACAUGCCCCAAACACUGCUACCCGCUGCCGAGAAUAGACGCCCUCGUCGAUUCGGCAAUGGGGCAUGAGAUCCUCUGCUUCCUAGACGCCUUCAAAGAUGUGAGGGAGGUCUUCAGCGUCCUGCGGGACUCGAGGAUGAAGUUAAACCCCAAGAAAUGCGUCUUCGGCGUCACCUCAGGAAAAUUCUUGGGGUAUCUGGUUUCCCACCGGGGAAUCGAGGCCAACCCCGACAAGGUCAAGGCCAUUCAGGACAUGUCUCCACCUCGGAACAUCCGAGAAGUCCAAAGACUAAACGGACGCCUGGCCGCGCUGAACCGCUUCCUGUCCCAAUCUGCUGAGAAGGCCUUGCCUUUCUUUAAAGUGUUGAAGAAGGCUGACCAAUUUGCCUGGACUGAAGAAUGCCAGGCCGUCUUCGACAAUUUGAAACAGUAUCUGCAUCACCUACCCACUCUCGCUUCACCUCGGCCUGAGGAGAAGCUGUACCUCUAUCUCUCCGCCGCUGACGAAGCUGUCAGUGUGGUGCUCAUCCGAGAUGAGGGCACCCAAGUGCCGGUCUACUACGUUAGCCGAGCUCUCCGUGGGCCGGAGACUCGGUACACCCAGGUGGAGAAACUCGUGCUAGGGUUGAUCCACGCGGCUCGGAGGCUGAAGCCCUACUUCCUAACUCAUCCCAUCUGCGUCAGGACAGACCAGUCUAUCCGACAGAUACUGGUGCGUCCCGAGGAUUCCGGGCGCCUCACCAAAUGGGCUGUCGAGUUAGGGGAGUACGACCUGUCGUAUGAGCCGCGCACCGCCAUAAAAGCUCAGGCUUUAGCCGACUUUCUUGCCGAGCUCACCUUCGUGGAAGGCCAAGAAUCCACCUCCGCCAUUGCCGAAGUUCCCACCUCACACUCGUGGACAUUGUACGUGGAUGGAUCCUCCAAUGGGGAUGGCAGUGGAGCAGGACUGCUCCUAGAGGGCCCUCAGGGAGAAGUCUGCGCAUAUGCUCUCCGUUUUGGCUUCCCGGCUACCAAUAAUGAGGCCGAAUAUGAGGCCUUGAUCGCGGGACUCCAGCUAGCCCGCAGGCUCGGUGCCCAGCGGAUCCACGUCCGUAGUGACUCCCAACUUGUCGUCUGCCAAGUUCUUGGUGAAUAUGAGGCCAAGGAUGAGACCAUGCAGCGGUAUCUCUCCAAGGUCCACCAACUCACCGCGUAUUUCGAGUCUUUCGAAAUCCAAAGAAUCCCACGCUCCCAGAAUAGGCGUGCUGACGCCUUAUCUCGGCUGGCUUCCACCUCGUUCUCUGAGCUCAACAAGACUGUUUUAGUGGAGGUGCUGAGCGAGCCGGGAUACGUGGAAGAGGUGGCCUGUCCCGUGCACUCGGAAGAUAUUUGGAUGAGCCCGUUCAUCCUUUUCUUAGGGCAAGGGAUCCUCCCUGGGGAUCUAGCCGAAGCGAGAAGAAUACAACGCAAAGCUGCUCGGUACGCCCUCCGCGACGGAGAACUGUACAAACGCUCCUAUCUCGGCCCGUGGCUGAGGUGCGUUGUGCCCGAGGAAGGACGCCAGAUCCUCCGUGAGAUACACGAAUGCAUAUGUGGGGCCCACAUCGGCCACCGGAUGUUGGCCAAGAAGACACUGCUUCUUGGGUAUUUCUGGUCUUCCGUUCGACAAGAUGCCCAAAAUCUUGUUCUCGGCUGUCCAUCCUGUCAAGUCCACGCCCCCGAGCACCACCAGCCCUCAAACUUCAUGGUUCCAAUCACCUCACCAUGGCCGUUUGAGCAGUGGGGGACAGACAUCAUUGGUCCUUUCCCUAAAGCGGUCGGGGGUUAUACCUUUCUGGUGACCGCUGUGGACUACUUCACUAAGUCAUCAUCUAGGACAAUGGGAGGCAGUUUGCCGAGAACCCAUUUAAGACCUGGUGCGAAAACCUCGACAUCAAGCAACACUUCACUUCGAUCAGCCACGCAAGAGACCCCGUUCUCCUUGACCUAUGGAGCCGAGGCUGUCAUCCCGGCUGAGAUCCUUACGCCCAGUCCUCGGCUGGCGGCUUAUGUAGCCGAGGUGAAUCAAGAAGAAAGGCAGUUGGAUCUCGACCUCGUCAACGAAAGAAGGGACAUUGCCUCAGCUCGGGUAGCUUCCUACAAGAACACCCUGGCCCACUAUUAUAAUGUCCGCGUCAAACAUCGGCGAUUCCUGCCAGGGGACUUGGUGCUCAGAAAAAACCCAGUCAGCCGAGCUGAACCGCAAGGAAAAUUAUGCCCGAAGUGGGAAGGUCCCUACCGAGUUGUGGAAUCUAACCUUAGUGGGUAUUGUAAAUUGAGCUACCGAGAUGGCUCUCUAGUGCCGAGGACUUGGAACGCCGAGAACCUUAGAUUGUAUUAUGCUUGA